GAUUCUCCGGCGGCACCCCAUCCUGUCUCUCACAUUUUCACGUUCAGGUUGCCGGCGACCCCCUUUCUCUCGCUCCCUCACGGCGGCGGAUCUGCUGUUCCCAUUCUGUGAACCUCAGUCCGCACGGCAUCUCUCUCUCACUCUUCUUGUUAUAACACCAAAGAAAGAGGGCCUGAAGCUUCUCUACGUUAAACCCCAACAUCUCCUAGGGUUUCUCUCCUCCCACACACUACAGUCACCUCGCCGUCUCGGAGUAAUAUGGCGCUCGCAUCCCAAACUCUCGAUAUUCAUGGAGAACGGCAAUCCGGCCAGGAUGUUCGCACUCAGAACGUCGUCGCGUGCCAGGCAGUUGCCAACAUUGUUAAAUCGUCCCUUGGUCCCGUCGGGCUUGACAAGAUGCUGGUGGAUGAUAUUGGUGACGUGACGAUUACUAAUGAUGGGGCAACCAUUCUUAAGAUGUUAGAGGUGGACCACCCGGCUGCUAAGGUGCUAGUGGAAUUGGCUGAACUCCAAGACAAAGAAGUAGGAGAUGGAACAACUUCAGUGGUGAUAGUCGCUGCAGAGUUGCUAAAGAGAGCUAAUGAUUUAGUGAGGAAUAAGAUCCAUCCAACAUCUAUUAUUAGUGGAUUCCGACUUGCAAUGAGGGAGGCAUGCAAAUAUGUUGAUGAAAAAUUGGCUGUGAAGGUUGAAAAGCUUGGAAAGGAUUCUUUAGUGAAUUGUGCAAAGACGAGCUUGUCCUCAAAAUUGGUUGCUGGUGACAGUGACUUCUUCGCUAAUUUGGUUGUUGAUGCUGUACAAUCAGUAAAGAUGACAAAUGUACGAGGUGAAAUCAGAUAUCCAAUCAAGGGUAUUAAUAUUUUGAAAGCUCAUGGUAAAAGUGCAAGAGAUAGUUACUUGCUGAAGGGGUACGCUCUAAAUACUGGCCGUGCCGCUCAAGGAAUGCCUACAAGAGUUGCACCUGCUAGAAUUGCAUGCCUUGAUUUCAAUCUUCAGAAGACAAAGAUGCAAUUGGGUGUACAAGUGGUUGUGACUGAUCCCAGGGAGCUUGAGAAAAUUCGUCAAAGGGAAGCUGAUACGACGAAGGAGCGGAUUGAGAAGCUAUUGAAAGCUGGAGCCAACGUGAUUUUAACUACCAAAGGAAUUGAUGACAUGGCUCUAAAGUACUUUGUCGAGGCUGGAGCUAUUGCUGUGAGGCGUGUCCGCAAAGAAGAUAUGCGCCAUGUUGCCAAAGCCACUGGUGCAACCAUGGUGGGAACCUUUGCUGAUAUGGAAGGGAAUGAGACCUUUGAUUCUUCACAUAUUGGGUAUGCUGCUGAAGUUGUUGAAGAGCGUAUUGCAGAUGAUGAUGUUGUUAUGAUAAAAGGGACAAAGACCACUGGUGCGGUUUCUUUGAUUCUUAGAGGAGCAAAUGACUAUAUGCUCGAUGAGAUGGAGAGAGCUCUGCAUGAUGCUUUAUCCAUUGUGAAGAGGACCUUGGAGUCCAACACGGUGGUAGCUGGUGGAGGUGCUGUUGAGUCUGCCUUAUCUGUGUACCUGGAGUACCUGGCCACUACUCUAGGAUCACGAGAGCAAUUGGCAAUUGCUGAAUUUGCUGAAUCGUUGCUGAUCAUACCAAAGGUGCUUGCUGUCAAUGCUGCCAAGGAUGCAACUGAGCUAGUUGCAAAGCUACGAGCCUGCCACCACAAUGCACAAACAAAAGCUGACCAGAAGCAUCACUCCAGCAUGGGACUAGAUCUUUCGAAAGGUAUUGUCCGUAACAACUUAGAAGCUGGAGUAAUUGAACCUGCAAUGAGCAAAGUGAAGAUUAUUCAGUUUGCUACAGAAGCAGCCAUAACGAUCCUUCGGAUAGAUGAUAUGAUCAAACUUGUCAAGGAUGACGGCCAGAAUGACGAAGAAUAGUAUUCUUAUAUGUUUAUUGUUGCACUGUUUUGGCCCUAGGAAUGGCGAAGAUUUUUUUAUUAUGCAGGGGUUCUCUUUAGUUUGGCGUUGGAAGGGAGAUUAGUAGAAGAAGUUAGGGAGUUACGAUUGUGUGACCGUUGUGUGUUUCGAUAUGGUUCAGGAAAUGUCGUAUGAUUUUCUAUAAGUGAAACUCGUUGUGAGGUAAGCUAGAAGUGGUUGAUCUUUUUGAUUUAUCAACCCGUGCCGAAAGCUUUAGACCUCCAUUUUUGCUGUACUUGUGAAGUUUAGCCUACCUCGCGGAGUAUAAUUAGAUAUGGCGGCUAUCUUUUGAAACACUUGAGCACUGUACGAAAGUGUAUGGCUAGCGUUCGAGCCAAAAAUGUAUGGCAUCCGAAGGAUCUUCUACAAACAUUGUUCAUGAUGUGUAAGGGCUGUUCUGCUGCCUGGAAGUAGUCCGCUCUCGGUUGAAC